CGGCCUCUGGAGCUCAUCAUCCCGGUCAGCGGCAGGGGAUCUCGGUCGCUUUGUCUCGGGAUAUUCGGAUGUCCAGCUUGGCUGUCUGUCUCGUGAGAACUUGACACACGAACUUGCCUAGAGGCACGAGUGCAGAGCUCAUCAUGGUGCAGCUGUCUCCUUCCCCUACCCUGGAUGUCCCUCUCUCACCCGAACACUCACAGGACAGCGGUGAGAGACAGGAAGAGCCAGUGAUGGUUGAUAACCCCAAGAUGGACUCCCCUGGUUGCCUGCAGCUCAGCCUUGACGUCUCCACUGCCUACUAUGGCUAUGAAACCUACAUCGACGAUGGCCUCAUCUGCCUCAGACACAAAAUCCGCAACUUGGAGAAAAAGAAGCUGAAACUGAAAGAUUAUAAGAAGAGGCUGAACCAGGGUCAGGCACUAAACAAAGAUCAGAUGGCUGCCGUGGAAAAGUAUGAAGAGGUGUUGCAUAAUCUGGUGUUUGCGAGGGACCUACACAAAACCCUGGACAACUUGACUCAGAGUCUGUUGAGAGCCCAGAAGAAGGCGUUGAAGAAGGAACAGGUGGAGAAGGCAGAGGUGGAGAAGAGACGUCUAAGCACAGUGCUUCAGGUACAGCAUCUUCUCCACAGCCUGCAGCACGAGCAUAUCAGGAGAGACCUGCUGGCUGGACACAACCAGGCGCCCCACAUCCCUGCCAAGCAGCUGCACAGCCUGAGUCAGCUCGCCACCCUGGUAGAGGUCAAGAGGGACAACCAAUUCACUGUGGUGGAGCAGAUUGAGCAGGCAGCUCUGGUGUUCCUGGACCUGCUGGAGGGGAAAGACAAACCAGUGGCUGGAUCCACCUUUAAGUUGUUAAAAGAGGAGCUCACCAGGCUGUUGAACUGCAAGUACUUCAGUUGUCUUCCACCUCCACCCAACAAGACUCCAGAGCUGUUACUUGACUCAGGCAGCCACAGCAAUAUGGUAAAGUCAAAACCGAAUGAAGUUUCUAAGGAGUUUUUCAACAGACUCUACCAGACUGACAUGGAGUCACCUCCUUCCCAGAACUGGAGGGAGGACUUUCAGGCCACGAGGGAGCAAGAGCCUCCUGACUGCUGGGACAUGGAGGUCCCAGACGAGCCCAAAUCGCCACAUAGUGCACUUCACAAACCAUGGCGAGGGGCUGCAGCUUUUAUCCCCAAAGUCCCAGUCAACGCCAGGAAACCGAUUGCUGACUGUAAACAGAGAAAAGAGGGGAAAGCCAAAGGAGAGCAAAAUGCCAAAAUGGCAGUUCACAUGGACCUGUCCGUGGGGGUUUUUAACUCUCCUUCUGCCCUACCCAAAGACCCCAUCCUGAGAAAGCAGCACCUGGAGGAUCUCAUGACGAAGAUCCAUGGUUCCUUUAGUUUCAUGCAGGACUCACUUCUUGAUGGUGAGACCUCCCCCACUAAUGCAAUUGGACUGAAGAGACAGCUUUCUGGAUCUUGCUCUCCUCUGGCAGUGGGGGCAGACUUGAGAAGUCCAGUAAAGGCCCUGCCCACAACCAUGCAUUCUACCCCACUCCCUGCCAGGGUCAAGGAGCGCAAAUCAAGCUUGACCACUGGAGAUCAGUGCCUGGAGACAUGCACCCUGGAGCUUUCCACAAAUGAUCUACCUCAUGAAUCACCACAGUUUACUGACACAAAGGCAUUUCCCUCACCACCACUGUAUUGCACUGAGUCAACAAUCUCUUUAGGCCUGGAGGAGAAGAGCCGCCCUCCAACACCAUUAGCUGAGUCGGGGAAGCAGUCCCCAUGUAAUGGUGUAGGAUCUUGUGCCACAACCUCUUCUCAGGGACAGACUUUCUCUACUCCCCCUACCCGGAGAUCACUCACCUCUGCACAAUUUCAGAACAUCCAUUCAGUUUUCAAGGUGAAUACAUCCGAGAAUGGUGAACUAAAAUACAAACCAGACUCUGCAGUUUUCACUGAGCCCAGGUACAUUACUGCCAGCACCCAAACACCAGCCGAGUUUGCUCCCACAGAAGAAGAACAACAGCCCGUGGACCAGUCAGACUGUGCAAAUGGUGGGCAAAUGUUCUUCUCCCCUGGACACUCAGGUGGAAGCAUGGGUCGACUUGGUCAGUCUUACUACACUAGAGGAUCUGUGAGAGGUAUGGCACGUGGCAGCAAGGGAUUGGCACAAAUCUUUCGCUCCUCUGGUUGGCACCGAGCAGGAGGAUCCUACAUUCCUCAGACCCAUCUCAGGGACUCUGGUCCUCUCCUCUAUACAACUCGAGAGAAUGGAUACCAACACAGACGUGGAGGAGGAAGGCACAACUCCAGUGCCUGGAGUGAUUCAUCCCAGGUUAGCAGCCCAGACCGGGACGGAGCCUUCACCAUUGUGGACUCUGGGCAUGGUGAUUCGUUGUCAGUUUCCACCUUGGAAGUCCCACUCACUCCCCAUAGCCACCAUGCUGCUCUGCUGCCCAUGCAACUCUACCCAAUCUCCCAGCCUCUGCGAGUGGCUUUUACUGCCUCCCGCACUGCCAACUUUGCUCCAGGUAAUCUGGACCAGCCGAUUGUGUUCGACCAGCUACAUAGCAACCUGGGGGAGAUGUACGACACCCACAUCGGCCGCUUCACCUGUCCUGUCAAUGGAACCUAUGUCUUCAUCUUCCACAUCCUAAAACUGGCCAUCAACGUGCCGCUGUACAUCAAUCUCAUGCGCAAUGAGGAGGUGAUGGUGUCGGCGUAUGCCAAUGACGGAGCCCCAGAUCACGAGACAGCCAGCAACCAUGCAAUCCUACCACUUCUCCAAGGUGACCAGGUUUGGCUGCGAUUACAUCGUGGUGCCAUUUAUGGCAGCACCUGGAAGUACAGCACUUUCUCAGGCUUCCUACUGUACCAGGACUGAAGUGCUGUCCAACAGUCCUCUCACCGACUGUUUGUGAAGACUGUUUGCACUGAAUGGCGAUCAAACUGACAUUUCACUAUCCUGGUCAGGCUGCAUGCAAGUGUGCUUUUCACCAUCAAACCCAUACAUGACCAUACAUGAAGUACAUCAGUGGCCUAAUGAUGCAUGUCAUUUUCAUUAAAAAUGGAGGUUGACUUCGAUCUGAUGUAUUUGAUUCCUCAUGUGAAUGUGUGCCUUAUGUUGGUGGUAUGGAGUUUGACUGUGACACUAGCUAUAUUUGUGCCUUUACUUUCUGACUGGAUGUUAAAUGGAAAAAUGUAAUGAAUCAAAAGCUGACUAUUGACUGAGUGAUUUCUAACUGAUCAGCACUUGAAUGUGAAGAAGGAAGAUUGUUUUCUGGGUGGUGGGUAUGGUGUCAAACACUUAAGGCCAAAUUGUACAAACGGAUUACUGUGGAGACAUGGAAGUGGUCCCUUCAUGUGCCUAAUGUUCAAUAAAAGAUGA